GUCGUCAAGCAGGCUCAGGAUUCCUACGCUUCGACGACGACUUCGAUGACUUCGACGACUUCUUCGACAAUGACCGAGACGACUCCAUUGAAGACCUGUAUAUGACUUAUAUGAUGACGACCCAAGUGACCGGGCGGAGGCCAGGGCUGCCCUCACCCGGCUCAGGGCCUCCGGUGCCAUCAACGGUAACGCCUUCAGGAACAACAGGUUCAUAGCUAACAG